AAGAGUGACUCUCAAUCAAUAGAAAAAGCAUAUGGCAAAGUUGUGCAGUUUUAUGUUGCUUAGACAUGUUGCAAAAUGCCCACAUGCAUAGAUACUUUUCCUCUUUCUCUUCCCAUACUCGCUGCAAUGCUGAGUUUGUUUCUUUGGUAUUUAGCAUAAAGAUCUGAUUUUGAUGCUAGAUCUUGUUAGAAUUUUUGGUUUCUGGAGUUCUUGGCUGUCACUGGCUUUCAGUUGUGCAUGCAUGGAGUAGAAAAGUUGCUGAUCAGGUGUUUGUUGCAUGUAUGGUUGGUGGUGUAUUCAACUGCUGAUGGCUCCAAGACUGAGUUUUCAUGACUGGUUGGGGAAGGAGAAGUGCAAAGGAACUGCAGUGGCCAACGUAGGCGGUGCAAAAUCCCCGGAGUUCUGUCUCAUGGGCAAAAGCCGGGGGAGGAAUGCGAGGCAAUUCACUUGGGUGUUACUACUCAAAGCACACCGCAUCAUCAGUUGCAUCACUUGGAUGGCAGCUGCAUUAUGGACAUUACUUGGAGUGAUCAAGAGACGGCUCAUUUUCCGGCAAGGAGUUAGUUCGGAGAGGGACAAACCUGGCAAAGGGAGGAUAUUGUUCGCUUUCAUUAGAGGAUUUUCUAUGGUUUCUUCAGCAGCUCUUGUUCUUGAAAUUGUUGCUUAUUGCAAUGGAUGGUAUUUUCAUAUACCUCACACUGCUGAUGUUCAAGGAUGGAUGCAUUCAGUUUAUCUAUCAUGGAUUGUAUUCAGAGCAAACUACAUUGCUCAUGCAAUUCAGGUCUUGUCCAAUUUUUGCGUAUUUCUUUUCAUUGUGCAAUCAGUUGAUCGGAUGAUAUUGUGCUUCGGGUGUUUUUGGAUCAAGUUCAAGAAGAUCAAGCCUAGAGUUGAGGGGUCUCUGUUUAACACCGAUGAUUUGGAAGGCUUUGCAUGCGAAUAUCCCAUGGUCUUAAAUCAGAUUCCAAUGUGCAAUGAGAAGGAGGUGUAUGAGCAGUCCAUUUCUGCAGUUUGCCAAAUCGACUGGCCGAAAGAUCGUAUAUUGAUUCAAGUUCUUGAUGAUUCAGACGACGAGUCAACAAAGCUUUUGAUCAGAGAAGAGGUUUCCAAGUGGAAUCAAAGAGGUGUCAACAUCAUUUAUCGGCAUCGGUUAAUCAGAAUUGGUUACAAAGCAGGAAAUCUCAAGUCUGCAAUGAGCUGUGACUACAUCAAAGAUUAUGAGUUUGUUGCUAUAUUUGAUGCUGAUUUCCAACCCAAUCCUGAUUUCCUCAAGCAAACAAUCCCUCAUUUUAAGGGAAAUCCUGAAGUUGGAUUAGUACAAGCAAGGUGGAGUUAUGUGAAUAAGGAUGAGAACUUAUUGACACGUCUCCAAAACAUCAAUCUCUGUUUCCACUUUGAAAUAGAACAGCAGGUGAAUGGCAUUUUCCUGAACUUCUUCAGUUUCAAUGGUACCGCUGGUGUUUGGAGGAUCAAGGCAUUGGAGGACUCCGGAGGUUGGCUUGAGAGAACAACUGUGGAAGAUAUGGACAUCGCUGUUCGUGCGCAUCUUAACGGUUGGAAGUUCAUAUUCUUAAAUGAUGUCAAGGUCUUGUGUGAAGUUCCAGAGUCCUAUGAGGCUUACCGGAAACAACAACAUCGAUGGCAUUCUGGUCCAAUGCAGCUAUUUCGAUUAUGUCUUCCGGCAAUCAUAACCUCUUCCAAGAUAUCCAUCUGGAAGAAGGCGAACUUAGUCCUGCUAUUUUUCCUCUUGAGAAAGUUGAUCCUUCCAUUCUAUUCAUUCACAUUAUUCUGCGUCAUUCUUCCACUCACUAUGUUUGUCCCAGAGGCCGAAUUACCGGUUUGGGUGAUCUGCUACAUUCCCGUAUUCAUGUCAUUUCUGAACAUCCUUCCAGCACCAAGAUCAUUCCCUUUCAUUGUGCCGUACCUUCUCUUCGAAAACACCAUGUCAGUGACCAAGUUUAAUGCCAUGGUAUCGGGUUUGUUCCAAUUAGGCAGCUCAUAUGAGUGGAUUGUUACUAAGAAAGCCGGCCGAUCAUUAGAAUCCAAUCUUUUGGUAAUGCCUGAGAAGAAUUCGAAGCUCGUAACCAAUUCAACUACUCCUGCUAAGAAGUCCAACAAAAUCUACAAAAAGGAGUUGGCACUUGCAGUCCUCCUCCUCACUGCAGCGGCUCGGAGUCUUUUAUCUGCCCAAGGAAUUCACUUCUAUUUCCUACUCUUCCAAGGCCUGUCAUUCCUACUUGUCGGUCUUGAUUUGAUUGGUGAGCAGAUGAGCUGAUUAUCACUCACAUGAACUUCAAUGCAACAAUCAUACUGGACACUGUUAAGUAUCUCCCAUAAAAUUAUCGGUAAUCACGUAAGUAACAAGUUCAUCUGAUUUUUUUUCUGCACUGUGUACUUAAUGAUUCUCUAAUUCCAAUCAUACUGAGUAGUGUAAAACAGU